AUCAUUUAGAGUAUAUAAAUAACAAAAACAAAUUCAUACCUUCUAUUUAUCAUUUAAUAUUACUGAUUUAUUUUUCAUAAUUAAUGAUUCAUAGAAUCAUUUGGAUCAGUUGGAAACUAUUCAUUAUCUCUAUUAGUUUACAUUUAUUUUCAUUAAAUCUCGUAAAAUCUGAAAACAACAAUAGCAUCAUAGAAGAAAAUGGAGACCAUAACAAUAGUUCUCAUCAUCAAGGUAUUCAGUACGCGGAUACUCAUGAAGCAUCUGUUGGAAACUCUGAUACUCAUGAAAUAUUAGAUGGAAACUAUGAUUCAAAUGGAUUUCCGUUAGAAGUACGUUUAAAUCAAACAUCCAUUGAAAUUAAAGAAGAAUUACAAAGAGAACUUGAACAAUUUCAAAGAAUGUUAGAUGAAUUAACUAGAAGAAUAAAAGCAAUUACUAAUUCAGCAAAUAAAUAUAUGAUUAAUGUAUUAUUUAUUAUUAUUUGUAUGUUAUCCUUUAAUUUAUUUAUAUAUGUAUAAAUGUUUAAUAGUAUUUUUGAAACUACUUAUUACUAUUAUGAGUAGUUUAUCUUUUAUUCUAAAAUUUAAUAUAAUUUAUUCACAAUAUUAUCAUGAUGCAUAAUGUAAUUUUCUUUUAUUAUAAUGGAUAAACUGAUUAUAAUUUCAUUCAAAGAAAUGAUGACUUUUUCCCCGUAAAUAUUUGUAUUUUUAAACUACUUAAAUAUAAUAAUAAGUAGUUAAA